AUGUCAGACGACCGCGAGACCAAUGCGCGACCCGCAAAGCGCGCGCGCCUCGACGACAGCGCCGCCCACACUCCCUCCACCGCCGUCACACCUCAAGCCACGCCUGGCUCUGCCCUCAAUGCGCCUUCACAAAUCGAGACCGACUACGACCGCGAAGUCCGCGCGGGAAUCGCAGAAUAUAUUUGUCCCAAUAACCUAGGCUUCACCGGCGUGUUGAAGCAGAGGUACACGGAUUUCUUGGUCAACGAGAUUGGGCUCAAUGGUCAGGUGCUGCAUUUGAAAAGCACGCAAGUCGAGAAGAAGAAGAAGAAGGAUGUGAGGGCUGAGGCGCCGGCAGAGAGUGAGGAGGUUAAGCCAGAGGAGAAGAUUGAGAUCAGGGAGGAGUAUGGUGCAAAUGCUGCGCCUGCUGCCCCGAAGGAAGAGAAGCCUGUGGAAGCUGAACCAGCAGCUAAGGCAGAGGAGACGAACGACGGGGAGGAGACAUUUGCGAUUGCUGACGCGCCGAAGAAGGAGGUCAAGGAAGAGCUUUCCGAGGAGGAUACCAAAUUACUUUACUCGAUCUUUGGCGAAGACACAACGAAACAGAUCGUAGCGCUUGUGCAGAGCAUACGGAAUCGCGAAGAAGCGAAGGCGAGAACCUUCAAAGCCGUCACGUCAGCACCCAUCCUCGACAAAGAGACACGCACGAACGCGCACAAAUCACUCCGUCGCAUGUUCCCAAAUCUCCUCGAAACAUCAAUGGAGAGCGACCAGUCGAUACGAAUCAAGGCAAACCCUCCAGCAGAGCGCAAAAGCAAAGGUGGGAGGGGAGACAAAGCCAAUGGAGACCAGGGCAAGCACAGAGGUGGUCAAUUGGCCUGGGAAGAGCUCGGUGGAGAAUACCUGCACUUCUCGUUGUAUAAAGAGAACAAAGACACAAUGGAGGUUGUUGGCUUCCUUGGGAGCAAGCUCAACAGUGGUGCGAAAGCGUUCGCUUUUGCAGGCACCAAGGACAGGCGCGCCUGUACUGUUCAGCGACUGUGCGUCAAGCGUCAGACUGCUGAACGUAUCGCAGGAUUCAACAGGUCGCUGUUCAAUGCAGCGGUUGGUGAUUUCGAGUACCGUAAAAACGACUUGAAGCUGGGUGAUUUGAUGGGCAAUGAAUUCACCAUCACGCUUCGAGAUUGCAAGUUCCAGAAUGAGGAGGGCAUGAAUGCUAUACAGAGACAAGCGUUCGCAAACGAUGUGGUCGGCAAGGCCAUUAGGGACUUCUCAGAGAAGGGGUUCAUCAACUAUUAUGGCCUCCAGCGCUUUGGGUCUUUCGCAGCUAGUACAGACCAGGUUGGUCGCAAGAUGCUGCAGGAUGACCUGAAGGGCGCCGUGGACGACCUUUUGAACUACAGCGAGGUAGCACUCGCCGCAGCAGAGGGCACAAGCAACUCCAACAUCCUCGUCUCCCAAGACGACCGCAACCGCGCGAAAGCCCUCCACCUCUGGAGAACCGAAGGAAAAGGCCCCGCAGCCCUGGAACUCCUUCCCCGCAAGUUCACCGCCGAACGAAACAUCAUUCAGCAUCUCAGCUCCCGCAACAGCAAGUCUGGCCGCCAUGACCGCAAAGCAGACUGGCAAGGCGCACUGAUGACCAUCCCCCGCACCCUCCGUCUCAUGUACGUCCACGCCUACCAAUCGCUCGUCUGGAAUGUCGUAGCCGGCAAGCGCUGGGCCACACACGGCGACAAAGUCGUAGCAGGCGACCUCGUCCUAGUCAACGAACACCUCGACAAGACCGGCAACGCCUCAUCUACGGCCAACACCGCCAUCGACCAAGACGGCGAAUUCAUCAUCAACCCCUCUGGCACCGAAAACGCAAACGCCGUAGCCGAAGACUUUGAGCGCGCUCGCGCACUCACUAAUACCGAAGCUGAAAGCGGGCAGUAUACCGUCUACGACGUCGUGCUGCCACAGCCUGGCUUCGAUGUCGAGUACCCCAAGAACUCAAUCGGCGAGUUCUACAAAGAGUUUAUGGGCAGUGAGCGCGGCGGCGGUCUGGAUCCACACAACAUGCGCCGCUCCUGGCGCGAAGUCAGUCUGAGCGGCGGGUACAGGAAGUUCCUGGCCAAGCCGCUGAGGCCGUUGGAGUUUGAGGUGCACAGCUAUACGAAGGAGGAUCAGCAGUUCGUGGAGACGGAUUUGGAUAAGAUUAAGAAGGCGAGGGGGGGCGCGAAGGAGGGUGAAAGGGAGAGUGGGGAUGUGACGAUGGAGGAGGGUGAAGAAGAGGAGAAGAAGAUUGCGGUUGUUGUUAAGCUUCAACUGGGAAGCAGUCAAUAUGCGACUAUGGCGCUGAGGGAGCUGAUGAAGGCUGGUGGUGUUAAGGCGUACAAACCGGAGUUUAUGGGCGGGCGCUAGGUAAGUACGACACAUCCUUCUAGAAGGCCCCUGCCGAG